UUUUUUUUCAAAAUUUCGUCCUUUCCACUAACUUUGUUAUAUUUUUUUCAGGGUGGUCGAUGUGGAAUCUGUGCACAGAGUGUGAAAACGGGCCAAGGCACGGCGAUUUUCACGGCGGAGUGUUCCCAUUCCUUUCAUUUCCCCUGCAUCGCCGCCCAUAUAAAAAAGCGACAAUUACUAAUUUGCCCCGUCUGUUCCAUCACCUGGAAAGAGCUCCCUUUACUCUCUCUUCAGCAAACGGAACAACCUAAUAAAACAUCUCUGAAAGACAUCAAAACGAAGUCGUUUCGUGUCUAUAACGACGAUGAACCAUUAGCCUCCCCUGUUUCUCAUUCUCAGUUUAAUCCCAUUCCAGAAUCCGAAGAAACCGAAGACGACUUAGAAGAGGAAUUCCAAGGCUUUAUUGUUACUCCGAAGAUUGGGACAGAAGUUGGAGUUAAUGCGAGAAAUGUGGAGGUUAGGCUAUUACGAGAGGCGGCGAUGGUGGCAGUUGGGAGGAGUUAUGAAAGUUACGUGGUCGUCAUGAAAGUGCACGCGCCAACCGUGACGCGUGGGGUGAAGAGGGCUCCGAUUGAUUUGGUUACCGUGUUGGAUGUUAGCGGGAGUGGGAUGCGGUUGCAGAUGGUUAAACGCGCGAUGCGGUUGAUUAUCUCUUUGCUUAGCGAAACGGACCGUUUGUCGAUCGUGGUAUUUUCAUCGAGUUCGAAACGGUUGAUGCCGUUAAAAAAGAUGAGUUCCAACGGACGGAGAUCUGCGCGGAGGAUUGUGGACGCGCUGGGGAGUAACGGGCAAGGGAUGAGUGUCAACGACGCAGUUAAAAAGGCGGCUAAAGUGUUGGAAGACCGCAGAGAGAAAAACGCCGUUGCCAGCGUCAUGAUCUUAUCCGACGGUCAGGAUAAACAGUCCCAAUUGUAUCCCCCCAAUCAGAACCUCCCAGUUGUUUCAACCACGCGCCUGGCCCAUUUGGAAAUCCCCGUGCACUCCAUCAGUUUCGGUACGUGCGCCCACGCUCCAAACGACGACGCGUUUGGUAAAAUCGUGAACGGUCUCGUGAGCGUGGUGGUGCAGGAUGUCAGGCUCCAACUGGGAUUCGUAUCCGGGUCAGCCCCAGCAGAGAUUUCUUCUGUCUAUUCAUUUAAGUCCCGGCCCGCUUCGGUCGGGUCGAAUUCGGUGCGGGUCGGGGAUUUGCACUCUGACGAGGAGAGAGAAUUAUUGGUGGAAGUGAAAGUACCGGUAUCUUCGAGUGGCUCCCACAGGGUGAUGUCCGUACGAACCUCUUACAGAGAUCCAUUUACUCAGGAGAUGGUCUACUCGAGGGAU